AUGGACAAUAAAUCAAAAGCCAAAAAAAGCAAAAACAGUGUUGCUUCAUCUACAAGUUACCAUAACUUCUUUAGUUCAAAGCAUACUAUGGAAAAAAAACUUGUCUGCAGUGGUUGCGAACAAGAGUUUGUAGUACCAACAAAAACAACUUCAUACCGUUGCUACAAAUGCAAAGGUGUUAGUAAAUCAAGAGAAAACAGUUUAGGAGCCAAAUUAUUGAACCAGAGGAAACUAGACCAUGCUGGGAGAAUUGGAUCAGGUUAUUCAUCGUCAACUAUAUUUGGUAACAAACGUGCGGUUCUUUGUGGAGUUUCUUAUAGCAGAAGAAGUCGAUAUAGGCUUGAGGGAACCAUUAAUGAUGUUGUUAACAUGAAAUCUCUACUGGUUGAUAAUUUUGCAUUCCCAACUCAAUCCGUACGCGUACUCACAGAAGAACAGAAGGAUCCAAAUUUCAGUCCGACAAGGAAGAAUAUAAUGGAAUCCUUAAAAUGGUUGGUGAAAGACUGCAAAUCAGGAGACUCAUUGGUGUUCUACUUCUCCGGGCAUGGUAUGCAACAAGCGGCACAUGAUAAAGAAGAUGAAAUAGAUGGACUCGAUGAAACAAUUUGUCCUGUUGAUUUUAUUAGAUCAGGAAUGAUCACUGAUAAUGAAAUCAACUCUACUAUUGUUGGACCUCUCAAGAACGGUGUUAAACUUCACGCUUUUAUUGAUGCUUGUCAUAGUGGAACUACUCUUGAUCUUAUGCAUGUUUAUAAAAAAGACAUUGGAAAUUGGAAAUGGAUGGAUAACAAUCCCCAUAACACAAAAUCUGUUACUAAAUCUACAGCUGGUGGAAUGGCCAUUUGCAUCAGUGCUUGUGAAGAUUAUCAAAUAGCUGCUGACACUGCAGCUUUUGGAGGAAAACAGAUGAACGGUGUUAUGACGUAUCUUUUAACAAAUAUAAUCAGACAACAUUAUGGAAUUACUUAUGCCGCUUUGCUAGAAAAACUGCACCACGAAAUUGGGAAGAUUCAGCAAAACAAACACUUUAACAGGCUCUUGAAACGUAUUUUUCGAAGUAAAAUUGAUCAGGACCCUCUUUUAUCAUCAUCGGCGAUAUUUGAUGUUAAUACGAGAAUAUCACUUUGA